CUUCAGAGGCAAGUAUGCAGAUGAGGUGACGAGCAAAAUGGUCAGACCAUAAUUACAGAACUCGUAUCACCGCAAUGAAACGGAGUCGUUUUAUAUUGAACGGAUAUGACGCGCAAAUGUAAAAUGUAAUAUUUUAGCAUCGUCAUUCGUUCAGAGGGAUAGUGCGUAAGAGCUUGCGAGACAUCUUAUGAUUUGACAAGAUGAAUGCCACCUGCCUCUGACCGUUCUGGAAGCCUCUGUCUCCUCACCUCACGGGCCCCACCCUGCUCACAGUGCGGUGUUAUGUGGCACGAAGAAGAAGCCUUCGGAUCAAGGUGCAACCGGUCACCAUGAGUGGAAUACUAAAGAGGAAGUUCCAGGAGGUGGACGGGUCCUCUCCGCGGGAGUCCGAUGACGAGGUCUCCGUCAGCGAGAGUGGGGACAGCAGCGACAGCUUCAACCCCCCGGCUCCAACACUUCCCCCUGCUUCCAUCCUGAAGAAGGAGAAGCGGAUGAGGAGGAGGAGCGUCCAUUUUGAGAAGGUGACGGUGUACUACUUCAGCCGCAGGCAGGGCUUCACCAGCGUGCCCAGCCAGGGAGGCAGCACCCUGGGCAUGUCCAGCCACCACAGCUGGGUGAGGCAGUACAGCCUGGGGGAGUUCGCCCUGGAGCAGCAGCGGAUCCACAGGGACCAGCUCAGGGACCAUCUGAAGGAGGAGAAGCUCAACUCCAUCAAACUCAAGCUGACAAAGAACGGCACGGUGGACUCGGACGAGGCCAGCGUCCUGACGGUGGAGGACAUCUCAGAUGACGACAUCGACCUGGACAGCACGGAGGUGGACGAGUACUUCUUCCUGCAGCCGCUGACCACCAGGAAGCGGCGGGCCCUGCUGCGCUCGUCGGGCGUGAAGAAGAUCGACGUGGAGGAGAAGCACGAGCUGCGCACCAUCCGCGUGUCGCGCGAGGACUGCGGCUGCGACUGCCGGCUCUUCUGCCGCCCAGAGACCUGCGCCUGCAGCCUGGCGGGGAUCAAGUGCCAGGUGGACCGCAUGUCGUUUCCCUGUGGCUGCACCAAGGAGGGCUGCAGCAACACCGCAGGCCGAAUCGAGUUCAACCCCGUCAGGGUGCGGACGCACUUCCUGCACACCAUCAUGAAGCUGGAGGUGGAGAAGAGCCGCGAGCAGCACAAGGACGGUUGCCACGGAGACGGCGGCCAUUUAGCGCAAGCCCAGCGCAGUCUGGAGUACCCGCUGGCGGACGGAGUUCCGCAGGCAGCGCUCAUGUGCCUGCAGGCAUCCGAGGGCAUGGAUGAGCCCAUCGAGGAGGAAGAGGAGGAGGAAGAUGAGGAGGAGGAGGAGGAAGAGGAGGAUACUGAGGACGAUGACAGCUUAUGCAGUGGCCUCACCGACUCCAGCACCCAAAGCCUGGCGGCUAGCGAGUCCGAGGAAGACGAUGAUGAUGAUGAUGAUGAUGAUGAUGAGGAUGAUGAUGGGGAUGACAAGUCAGACGAUUUCGAGGAGCGGGUCAGCAUGCCUCCAGUGUCCCACACUGAAGUGGUGCCUCUCUCGUCGGUGCUUUGCUUCUCUGACACAGCCGGGGCACGCAAUAGCCAUGCUAACAGCGACAAUCACGCUAACGGCAACAGCUCCUACUUCACCAGCUCCUCCGCCGAGUAUUAUCAGCUGCAAAACCCCAGCUCCGCUUCAGUCAACGUCAACGGCGGCCAAAACGCAGAGCCCUACGGCGAAGUGUCUCCUUUCCGGGACAGAGUCGCCGGUCAGGGCGAGUCCAUCUCCCUCAGACCCUUCGACGUGAGCUCGGAGCAGUACGCCACUUUCUCCAGGCAGCCCAAGGAACAGUACGCCAGCCGCCAUUUCCCUCUGACCAACGGGGGAUCUCCCGUCAUCCUCCACCGCACGCCAGACCAGGAGAAUAACGUCCAGCCCAAUGGGGUGUACGGAAAGGAGACCGGAGUUCACUCCAAGAUGGACUUCCAGAACUACUUGAACAAUAACUCAGAAGAGCACUAUGGGAACUGCUUCAUGCCCACACAGCCCAAGGACAUCAGCAACGAUCCGUCUGAGAGCCCCUCUUUAACGGAGAGUAAAAAGAACCGUCUAUCACUGGAGAGCUUUCCAAAAGUCACACCUGUUUAGUGCGCACGGUCCAUUUUAAGAACACUGGUUCAAUCGACUGAACUAAACAAUGGAAGUUACGGAUUAUGUGAUUAAACGAUGGGGAAGUAUGGAUUUGGCAUUAACUUAAAUUUCAAUUAAUUUUAGUUUUACUUGUAUAGCUCUAUUUAAAAGACGAUUUACUGACAAAUGGGGGAAAUAGGGAUCGUUUUUUGUUUGUUGGAAGCAAAUGGAAGCUUAGCUACACAUGAGUAGCUGCAAAUUUUAUUUUUAAAUGUUUGCCUGUUUUACAUAAUGGUUCAAGCUCUCAACAUUUUUUUGGAACAACAAUUUAAAAUGCAAAAUGAGAAUCAAUAAAUACAAAUUGUAAGCUUUAGGCCAGUUUAAUGUAUGUAUCUCACAGUAAAGCAAUCUCAAAGUAAAACUUCUAGUUUUAAGUAAUUAUUGUUGAUAGGACUUUUAUACGUCCAUGUGUCAGUGUGUGGAAAAAAAGUAUUGUUGCAGUGUAUUUAUGGGGUUAUGAAGUGUAUGUAAAAAUAUACAUUUUGAUAAUGAAAAGCAUGUUAUUUUUGAGCUUGAUGACCUUUAUGACAUUGACAGUAUGGGUUUAUAUAAAUCUGUAUCAAUGUACUGUACAAUAUUUUAGCUGUCGUCACAUCUACUGUGUGCUUUUAUAUUGUUUGUAAAAGCAUGAAACUGGCACUGAAUAUUUUGGUAAAAUGCCAAAAGCAUAAAUUGAGACGUUAAUGAUAAAAAAGACACACAACUUGCACUUUUCUAUGCUUACAUUGGAGAGGGGGCAGUUGCCAUGUAAUUUUCUUAAAGUACUUGAAUCAUGAUAAAAUUUGUUGACCAGUGUAAUUUCAUUUGAUUUUUAUUGUUUGAUGUUUGUUAUCAGUAUUUACAUUUUUAUUAUUUUACUAUUAUUCAUGAAUUUGCUUAGAUUAUUUCAAAAGACAUUUUUGUUUACGAAAAAACAAUGAAAAAUAUAUUUGCCAUGAGAAUAUGAACGAAUGCAGUAAAAAAAGAUCUUGCAGAUUAAAUUCUGCCAAUCACUUUCUGAUAUAGCCUUACUGUACAUUCUUAUGUAACAGUGGUUCUUAAUCAUAUCAUUUUGAAACACAUCAAGGGCAUCUAGGGCAUGACAAAUGUCAAUGAACUUAUAUGUUAAAUUGGAAUUGAAAUUCAUAUUUUCUGACAGAGGAACCAUUCCCUGGGAUUGAAAUGUUAUGGUCCGAGCACAAAUCAUAUUUAGUGAUUGGCCAUGGUAAUGAUGAUUUUAAAAUGCCUGGUAAAUACAACCAAUAAUUUUGCCGUUUUUCCCCUGCACUGAACGUGCCCUAAGUGUUCUGUAAGUAACUUAUUUUUAUCAACAAUAAUACAUAUUUUCGUUGUAGCCAAUAUGUUUCAGACAUUUACAAAAACCGGGUAUAAUACCCGAGAGGCCAAAAUUCUGUCAGAAACUCGCAAAUAGAAUUUGAUGUUUGUAUCAGUCAACGGCAUGCAUUGUUCAGAUCAAAGGAACGGUACAUAAAAGAGCCACUAGCACUUUCUUGUUUACGGUACUUUGAAUAUGAGAGCCAUGAACUGUAGACUGAACAUGGUUAUUCUUUGUAAGUAGUAAAGAUAAAUCAUAAAGCCAUGCAGUGAGCAUUUGCAGACAGUAUGGGUGCUGUUUGUUUUCAUACAAAGAUGAAAAAAAAAAAGUAUGUCUAAAAAAUUUAAGUAUCUAUUCUUUGAGAGUGCAAUAGCAUGUAUGAUAUAACAUGAUACAGUUGUUAUGUUUACAAUGGCUUUGACCACUCCACAAACACACACACAAGGUUUGCACACAAGAAAAAAAAACAGGUGUUUGGAGAAAAGAGCAAAUGCAUACAAAAGCUAUGGUCCCGCACACUGUAUCUUGUAACAUUGAACAAUGUUUGCUGUUAUUUCAUAAAACAAUGUGUGCAAUAUACAGUGUGGGAGCUUAGCCAAUGUUUUUACAGUGGAGAAAAAAUUAUAUACAAGGUAUUUUCCACACCAAAGGCAUUAACACCAUCUACAUCACACAGAGUAACAGAUCACCUUACUUCUGAGGUUUGUCAAGUUUGAUUAAAUCUUUUUAUUUAUAUUUUGUAUUAUCUAUGCUUAUAACAGAUAAGUGUUGCUCAAUCAGCAUAGACUGAUACCAGGUUAUCAGUUAUGCCUAGUACACCCUUUAUGAACCCGAAGCUUUAUGUAUGGCCCUCCUAAAUGGCAGAGAUCGUCAAAUAUGGCCCUUGAAUCCAAAUCCAUACAUGUUCUUCUCCCUGAAUUAAAUGAAAAGUUAGUGCUACCGUUUGGCCAGAAUAUGUUCACACCUAACUCCCAGGCAAAGGGAACAUGGAAAACCAGCAGUUCUCGGCCCUCGAGGACUGUGAUAAUCCCUGGAAGAGAGUAUCUCCAAACGCAUGACCACCACUGGAGGACUGCAACACUUUCAGUGUUUAAACCUUACAGUUACAGCGCCACCUGCCGGUCAGUGGCAUUACCCGGAAACAUUUAAAUUCAGUUUUAAAUUGUUCCAUAAUUGUUGUGGUUUGUACCCUGCUUUUGCUUUUGCAGAUAAAUGUCUGUUGUGCUCAAUGAAGCUUUGAGAUCAUUAACCUAUGGAAAUCAGUACAAAUUAAAAUAUUCCAGAUUCUGAUUUGCACAAAUAUUUGCUAAAUGGCUAUUGAAAUGUAUUUUAAUUUUUAGCCCAACGGGAAUGAGAACAAGAUCGGUAAUGUUUAAUGACAUUUUCCUUUUUUUAAGUCCAGGCUUUGAAAUAAAUGAAAACCUAGA